AUGUCAUGUAAUCACAGAUCAAACCCACCAUUGUUUUUUCUCCUGAGCUUUGUUUUCUUUUUCUCUCUGUUUACUUCUUCAACAGCAACUCGCAGUUCUGCAACUUCCCAUUUUCAAUCCUUUCCCAUUUCAGAUGUUGUGGUCGGUGAGAGAGAGAAUGGUGGUGUGGUGGUUUCAUGGGAGGCAAGGAGGCAUCUUGCAGAAGAACAGAACACAACAUCUUCUAUGAUAUUGGCUGCAAAGAGAACAAGAAGGAGAGAUCCUUUAGAGAACUUUAAACUCUACACUUCUGGUUAUAAUAUCAGCAAUAAACAUUACUGGGCUUCUGUUGGUUUUACUGCGGCUCCAUUCUUUAUUGUCGCUGCAGUUUGGUUUGUGAUAUUUGGAUUAAGCUUGUCCUUUAUCUGCCUCUGCUAUUGCUGUUGCCCAAGAGAGCCUUAUGGCUAUUCUAGAGCGUGCUACGCCCUGUCUCUAAUUUUGCUCAUUUUAUUUACCAUUGCUGCAAUUGCAGGAUGUGUUGUUCUGUAUACUGGCCAAGGGAAGUUUCACAGUAUUACAACACACACAUUGGAAUAUGUAGUUAAUCAGGCAAAUGUUACUGCCGAGAACCUCAGGAAUGUGUCAGGUUUUCUUGCUGCGGCUAAGAAUGCUGCUGUAGAGUCAGUUUUUCUGCCAGUCAGUGUCCGAAAUGGCAUUGAUAGCAUUCAAACAAAGAUCAACUCCUCUGGUACUACUCUUUCCAGUACUACACAGAAGAAUUCGGAAGGCAUACAAGAUGUUUUGGAUAGCGUGAGACUGGCCCUCAUUAUCCUUGCUGCUGUAAUGCUUGCUUUGGCAUUUCUUGGAUUUUUAUUCUCCAUUUUUGGUAUGCAAUGUCUUGUUUACUUCCUGGUGAUCCUUGGCUGGAUUCUUGUUACGGGCACAUUUGUUUUGUGUGGUGUAUUCCUUCUCCUCCACAAUGUGGUUGCCGAUUCUUGUGUUUCUAUGGAUCAGUGGGUUCAGAAUCCCACUGCUAAAACAGCUUUGGAUGAUAUAAUCCCUUGUGUAGACAACAGAACUGCUCAAGAAACCUUGAGGCAGACCAAGGAGACAACCUACCAACUAGUCAAUGUUGUUGAUAACGUCAUCAGCAAUAUCUCCAACAGAAAUUUCCCACGCCAAGCAGGACCUCUAUAUUACAAUCAGUCUGGUCCGCCAAUGCCUCUACUUUGCAACCCAUUUAAUUCUGAUUAUACAGAUAGGCAAUGUGCUGCUGGUGAAGUGGACUUAAGCAAUGCUAGCCAGGUGUGGAAGAGUUAUAUCUGUGAGGUUUCACCAUCUGGGAUUUGUACUACGCCUGGUCGGCUUACUCCCAGCUUGUACAACCAGAUGGAUUCUGCAGUAAACCUAAGUUAUGGGUUGAAUCGUUAUGGUCCAUUCUUGGUUGGCCUUGAAGACUGCACUUUUGUGCGAGAAACAUUCACUGAGAUCACCCAUUCUUAUUGUCCUGAUUUGCGGCGAUAUACACAAUGGAUAUACAUUGGGCUAGUUAUUGUAUCUGCUGCUGUAAUGCUGUCACUGAUCUUCUGGGUAAUUUAUGCAAGAGAGAGAAGGCAUCGUGUAUAUACCAAGCAGUUCAUGUCUAGCUCCUUGGAAGGUCCUGGGAAGUAA